AUGAAGAAACGUCUGAUCCAAGUACUUGGCUUCUUGAUUUCAUCACUGGGAUGGCUGUUUGUGCUGUGCACCAUGGCCAUGGACUUUUGGAGGAUCACCCAAAUAGGAGGACAAGGAGGCUCUUUUAUCAUCAAAGUGGCCUGGUACUGGUCCAAUUUAUGGAAGGAUUGUUUUACCGAUUCCACAGCCGUCACCAACUGUAGAGACUUCCCUGUGCUCUGGAGUGUCACCCCUUUUGUCCAGGCAGUACGAGGAUUGCUAAUGUGCGGGUUAACUCUUGGUUUUUUUGGUGUCGUGCUUUGUUUUGUUGGGAUGGAGUGCACUUAUAUUGGUGGAGCUGAGAAGACCAAGGACAAACUGCUUUUUGCAGGAGCAGUGUUUCACAUUGCUGGCAGUGUGUCAGAUGUUUCUGCCUACUGCUUAUACAUCAACAGGGUUGCACGAACAACUUUUGCUGAGAGUGUAGGGCCAGGAGUCUUACGGUAUGACCUAGGAACUCCCAUAUUUCUAGGAUUGGUGGGAUGUUUUUGCAUCCUUUUAGGGGGUAUGUUUUACGCUGUGACCGUCUACAGAGUAAUAUUCCCUGAGAGUAAAGUGGUAUAUGCCUAUGGAGGAGGCACAUACAUGGCCCCUCGCUCCGGGGGAAGGACCCUGUACACCGGAUACUACAGACCCUCCAGGCAGUAUGGAUCUUAUGUGGGCUCAGACCCAUCCAGAAGCUCCAAGAUCUCCAAGCUCUCUCAGACAACACGCACGAAAACUUCAGAAAGAGAUGCAUUUGUGUAG